AUGCAGCUCAAGUCGUUGAUGCGGAGCUCGUCGUUUGGGAGUAGUUCGAAGCGAUCGAAUUACAGCCGGAAUUUUGAGCUGCCGGAUGAUUACACGCCGACGGCGGCGGGGGAGGGUGGUCAUGAGUACUUUGGCGGGCCAAUGCUGCCGAUUUUUUUGGAUGAUUUGAGGAGGAAUAAUGAUGAGGAUUUGGUGGAGGUCACGCUGGAGCUGGAUGAUAAUUCCAUUGUUCUGUGUAGCGUUACGCCCACUCCGCCGCAUAACAAUGGCAACGACGAGGAGGAGGAUGCGGCGGUUGUUAGCGGGAUUUUCGGGAGGACGUUAUCGGCCGCGUCGAAGCUUCACCGGAAAUUCUCGUGGCUGAGGUCGCCGUCGACGCGGUCUAGGGCGUCGUCGUCGGACGCGGAUGAUCUUCACCAUCAUCAUCAUCAUCAGCAGCAGCAGCAGCAGAGUAAUGUGAAUCAGACGGCGUUGACGUCGCGGGAAGUGAUGAGGUCGAAUUUGCAGCUGGUGAGGAGUAAAUCGAGCGCUCAGCGCGCUCUCGGAGGGCUCAGAUUCAUCAGCAAAACCACGGAAGAUCCCGCCUCCGUUGAGCUCUGGAAAAAAGUCGAGGCUCGCUUCGAUAAAUUAGCCGAGGACGGCUUGCUUUCCAGAGAAGAUUUCGGCGAUUGCAUUGGAAUGGCUGAUUCCAAGGAGUUCGCGGUAGGGGUUUUCGAUGCAUUGGUGCGACGGAGGCGGCAGAAAACCGCCAAGAUAACCAAAGCAGAGCUUCACGACUUUUGGCUGCAGAUUUCAGACCAGAGCUUUGACGCUCGUCUUCAGAUUUUCUUUGACAUGGCUGAUAGCAAUGGCGAUGGAAGGAUCACGCGAGACGAAGUGCAGGAGCUAAUAAUGCUGAGUGCUUCCGCGAAUAAGCUGUCCAAAUUGAAAGAACGUGCAGACGAGUAUGCUUCUUUAAUAAUGGAGGAAUUAGACCCUGAAAAUCUUGGCUAUAUUGAGUUAUGGCAGUUGGAAACAUUACUACUGCAAAGGGACAGAUAUAUGAACUACAGCAGGCCACUGAGCACAGCGAGUGCAGGAAGGAGUCAGAACUUAGGAACACGUAAUUCCAAGAAUGUAUUAAAAAGAGCAAGCUGUGCACUCAGGUGUCUUGUAUUAGAGAACUGGCAAAGAGGCUGGAUUCUACUGCUAUGGUUCAUUGCUAUGGGUGCGCUUUUCACAUGGAAGUUCCUACAGUAUAAGCAAAAAGCAGCAUUUCAUAUAAUGGGUUACUGCUUGACAACAGCUAAAGGUGCUGCAGAGACACUCAAGUUAAAUAUGGCUCUCAUCCUAUUACCAGUUUGUCGAAACAUAUUGACAUGGCUACGAUCUACAAAAGCAAGGCUAUUCAUACCUUUUGAUGACAAUAUUAAUUUUCAUAAGAUAAUAGCCUAUGCCAUCGCAGUUGGAAUCAUACUUCAUGCAGGAAAUCAUUUAGCAUGUGAUUUCCCCCGUCUCAUUAACUCAUCGCCUGAAAAAUUUGCACUUGUAGCAUCAGAUUUCAAUGGAGUAAAGCCUACUUACAAAAGCUUUUUGCUUGGAGUCGAAGGCGUGACUGGUAUGUCAAUGGUGGUACUUAUGACAAUCGCCUUCACAUUAGCCACAAGGCAAUUCAGGAGGAAUAUUGUAAACCUGCCACCACCUCUGAACCGACUAACAGGCUUUAAUGCCUUCUGGUAUUCUCACCACCUUUUUGCACUAGUCUAUGUACUGCUUCUAGUACAUGGAACUUUACUGAUCUUGGUCCACAGCUGGCAGUAUAAGACGACAUGGAUGUACAUCUCCAUCCCCCUGAUCUUAUAUGUAGCAGAGCGGAGUCUGAGGAAAUGCCGAGCGGAACAUUAUGCAGUUAAAAUUUUGAAGGUUUCUGUACUUCCAGGAGAUGUCUUCAGUUUGGUUAUGGCAAAGCCAAAUGGUUUCAAAUACAAGAGUGGGCAGUACAUAUUUUUACAAUGCCCAAUGAUCUCUCCAUUUGAAUGGCAUCCAUUUUCAAUAACCUCAGCACCAGAUGAUGACAACCUUAGUGUUCACAUCCGUACAGUAGGAGACUGGACACAAGAACUAAAGAAAGUGUAUACAGAGGAUGUUGGCUCAAUAUGUGAGAUAGGUCGAGCAAAGUUUGGAGAACUUGGGAAUGUUGAUCAAAGAGGUUUACCCCGAUUGCUCGUUGAUGGACCAUAUGGUGCACCAGCACAAGACUAUCAUAACUACGAUGUCUUGCUUCUUGUAGGGCUCGGCAUUGGAGCUACACCCUUUAUAAGUAUCUUAAGAGACCUAUUAAACAAUUCAAGAACAGAAGAUCAAAUGGAUUCAAAUACAGAAAACAGUGCAUCAGAUGAUAGCUGGACAAGUUUUGCUUCUUCAAGUAUAGCAUCAUCAACUACGAAGAAGAAAACACAACGGGCCAAAAGGGCACAUUUCUAUUGGGUAACAAGAGAACCUGGAUCCUUUGAGUGGUUCAAAGGAGUGAUGAAUGAAGUUGCAGAGAUGGAUCACAAGGGCCAGAUAGAUAUGCACAAUUAUCUAACAAGUGUUUAUGAAGAAGGUGAUGCAAGGUCAACUCUCAUCACCAUGGUCCAAGCACUUAACCAUGCAAAACAUGGUAUUGACAUCCUCUCCGGUACAAGGGUAAGGACACAUUUUGCACGCCCAAAUUGGACAGAAGUAUUCAGCAAAAUAGCUUUGAAGCAUCCUUAUUCUACCAUAGGAGUUUUUUAUUGCGGGAUGCCAGUCUUGGCAAAGGAGUUGAAGAAGCUAUCGCAAGAACUGACAUACAAGACAUCAACACGAUUUGAGUUCCACAAGGAAUACUUCUGAAGAAAAAAUCUUCGGCACUGAUGCGUGCAUCGAGCACUUUCUUCUCUUGCUUUUUUUUUUUUAUUCUGUAAAUUCAAAUGGUUAAGAGCAUACACGUAUACGUAUAUAUCAUUGAAAUAUCUCACACCUCACAGGAAAUACAAAGUAUUUCAAAUUCACAGUU